AGCGUAAUUUCUCUUUGGUUUUUGCAAGACGUGAAUUCGGUGCUUUCUUCACGUUAUUAACAAAUUAGUGUGAAGUUCCUGAGUUAUAAAAUGAUUUUGUGUUGAGAAUUUAGAUGCGAACUGAAUGUAGCACCUUGGACAUGCAAUGAAAGUUAUUUUGUUUACAAAUUUCUUUAGGUGCAUUACGACACCCAAGUGCUCACUUGUGAGCCCUAAGAGUAUGAUUGAAAUGAAGUAAAUGUAUGCAAUAACUUCUCAACAAAAUGGGAGACAUGAGUUUGAAAUGCCCACUCUGCUGCAAUCAGACUUUUGAUUCAAAAUUGUCACUUGUAGAGCAUUUGGCGAAUAUAUUAUCUAAUCUAACUUGUCCUAUUUGCGAGAAUAGGUGGUCAUCGUUGGCCCAUCUUAUAGAACAUUUGAAUCUUGACGAUUGCCAAAGUCAAGCCAUCCACAUAAAAACUAUAGAUGAGUCUGAAGAGGAUUCAGUAAUAAAUCCCGCACCUCCUUCAAAUCCAAGUGAGAAUGACAGUGAAAUUCGAAUCGAAAAUGUAACCACUGUUGAAACUGUUAAUGAAAGUGUGGAGAAUGAAAACUUUGUGAGUAGCAUACCAACUGAGAAUAGUCACAUAGAAAUAAAGCUUACUACUGACGGUCUAAAUGAUGGGAAAAUGUAUGUGGAGUAUGUGAACCAUGAUAAGUUGAACUCAUGCUUGCAAACCCAAGAGCUGAAACUGUUGACGGAGGAUGGUGAGAUGGAACAGUUUGUGGUGAUGUCACCGAACAGUGGUGAACUCAGUUUGGGGGGUGCCAUUGUCACGAAACAGAAUGAAGAUGGAACCAUCUCCCUAACUACAGUUAAAGAUACAAAAGAGUCUGAAACUGUGAUCACACCUGCUGAAGUGGAAUUGGAAGACACUCCGGAGCUGUACAGCUGCAACACGUGUGGGGUUUCGUUCUCCUCUGUCGCCGAACACAUUCAAAACUAUCACAAUGAUCAAGAAGUGGUGGUUGAGGAACCCAUGGAGGAUGAUUCCAGUGCAGUGGUUGAAACACUGCAGUAUGACACUCUGACCAGUGAAGUAGUGACACCUCCCAAGCCCAAGACAAGGCAGAUUAUCACUGAAAAUGGUGAUAUAGUGGAUGCACCCUUUAUAAUUGAUAACCCUCCUGAAACUGAGGAGUUUAUAGUUCCAAAUGUGGUUGAGAAACCCAAAGCGAAGGGGAAAAAGUUUGUACAAAUUGAUAAAUUCUGUGAUAGUCUUGUAAAGAAUAUUUACCAGAUUAAUGAAAAGGAUGGCACCUACCACAAAGUGAUUAUGAACGAAUCAAAAGCACCUGAUGGCACCAAACUUAAAACAUACUGGUGUUUGUCUUGUGAGAUCAGUGUCAGUAAUCUAGACGAUUUUAAACUGCACCCUUGUAAAGUUUUAAAAUAUCAAUGUGUAUAUUGUUCUGUUGCUUAUUCCAAUUCUAAAUCAUUGUGUGCUCACAUGAAGGUACACAAAGUGAGACCAGAUGGAAUGAGUAUCGAUUUACCGCGGCAAGACAUACCCACGCGCUAUGAAUGUGAGAUCUGCAAUACAGCCUUUCAAUCAAAUAAAUCGUUGAAAUUGCACAAGAGAAUGCACGAUCCUGUCAAGGCUCGGCAAAUAGAACCGCCAGUGGAGAACGCCGACGGCACAGAGACCAGUAACUGUAGCUACAAGUGUCCGAUCUGCGAGAAGAUGAUUCCAAUGGACUACCUCGCCAUACACCAGGAGUCGCACAAGUCGAACGAGCUCAACUGCCAUAUAUGCAACAAGAAGUUCUACUCGACAGAAUACCUGCAGAUGCAUAUGACUGUCCACAAUAUGGAUAAGAUAACAGUAAACAAAUCAGACAAACUGCUUCCGUAUAGCUGUUCCUACUGUAACAGACGGUUCGUGAGGCCUCACGAAAAGGUCAAACAUGAACGAAUACAUACAGGUGAGAAACCCCACUCGUGCGAGAUUUGCGGCAAGUCGUUCCGCGUGUCGUACUGCCUCACGCUACACAUGCGUACGCACACUGGCGCGCGCCCGUAUACGUGCCCGCACUGUGGGAAGAGGUUCAAAGCGCACAGUGUGUACAACCACCACUUGCUCACGCACUCAGAAGUCCGCGCGUACAAGUGUCCCUACUGCCCGAAGGCGUUCAAGACGUCCGUACAACUGGCCGGCCACAAGAACUCGCAUACCAAACCCUUCUCUUGCCCACACUGUAAUAGGCCGUUCGCAUCUCUCUACGCUGUCCGCGUGCAUUCGGAGACGCACGCUCGCCAGAACAACCUGAAGUUCUCGUGUUCGCUGUGCGGCGCGAGCUACGCGCGGGCCUUCGCGCUCAAGGACCACGUCAAGCAGGUUCAUCAACAGGACGUCGACGCCAUGGACCUGCCCGUGGUGAACAUAGCGAAGAUUAAUAAAGACGACUGGCCGUUGAAAGAAAGCGAUGGCGAUGUUGAGACCAUAACCCUCACUCACAAAGAUUUGUCGCAAGAGAUAUGUGAAUUAGAAAUGUCUUCCAGCGAAUUAAUUGAUCCUAUUAAGGUAACAAAUUAAUAAUUAAAGGUAAUUUUAAUGUACAGACGUCGGUAACAUGAAAUCA